CGUGGGUCUGGCAGAUAAAGAGAGGUAUAAAGGCGGAAGGAUGAGCAGGCAGCAGUGAAGGAGGAGGACAGAGCUGCCUGCAGCCAACUGGAGAUUCACAGCCCAGAUUGGAGGGGGUGACUUUCGAAGGAGCCAUCAUGGAACCAGAGGAGUACAGAGAGAGAGGGAAAGAAAUGGUGGAUUACAUUUGCCAGUAUCUUAGCAACGUGAGAGAAAGACGGGUGACUCCAGAUGUGCAGCCUGGUUACAUGAGAGCCCAGCUACCAGACAGUGCCCCUGUAGAGCCAGACAGAUGGGACAACAUCUUCAGAGACAUUGAGAAGAUUAUCAUGCCUGGGGUUGUCCAUUGGCAGAGUCCACAUAUGCACGCCUACUUUCCAGCUCUUACUUCCUGGCCUUCCCUGCUGGGGGACAUGCUGGCUGAUGCUAUUAACUGUUUGGGAUUCACAUGGGCCUCCAGUCCAGCCUGUACAGAACUGGAAAUGAAUGUAAUGGAUUGGCUGGCGAAAAUGCUGGGCCUUCCAGAUACGUUCUUGCACCAUCACCCAGACAGCCAGGGAGGAGGAGUAUUACAGAGCACUGUUAGUGAAUCAACCUUGAUUGCUCUGCUAGCAGCGAGAAAAAACAAAAUUCUGGAAAUGAAGGUUUUGGAGCCAGAUACUGAUGAGUCCACACUGAAUUCUCGUCUUGUUGCUUAUGCAUCUGAUCAGGCUCAUUCCUCAGUAGAAAAGGCUGGUUUAAUUGCUCUUGUGAAGAUGAAAUUUCUGCCUGUGGAUGAGAACUUUGCCCUCCGAGGCGAAGCCCUGAAGAAAGCCAUCGAAGAAGACAGAAACCAAGGUCUAGUGCCUGUCUUUGUUUGUGCGACGUUGGGUACAACUGGUGUCUGUGCUUUUGACUGUCUAUCAGAGCUGGGUCCAAUUUGUGCCGCUGAGGGACUCUGGCUUCAUAUUGAUGCUGCCUAUGCAGGAACUGCCUUUCUCUGCCCCGAAUUUCGAUUAUUUUUGAAUGGCAUCGAAUAUGCAGAUUCUUUUACUUUCAAUCCUUCCAAAUGGAUGAUGGUUCACUUUGACUGUACUGCAUUCUGGGUCAAAGACAAAUACAAAUUACAGCAAACCUUCAGUGUUAAUCCCGUCUACCUCAGACAUGCCAAUUCAGGGGCUGCUACUGAUUUCAUGCACUGGCAAAUUCCACUGAGUCGUCGGUUUCGCUCUUUGAAGCUCUGGUUUGUGAUUCGUUCCUUUGGGGUGAAAAAGCUUCAAGCCCACGUCAGACAUGGCACUGAGAUGGCCAAAUACUUUGAAUCUUUGGUCAGAAGUGAUCCCCUCUUUGAAAUUCCCGCCAAGAGACACCUCGGAUUGGUUGUAUUUCGUUUAAAGGGUCCUAACUGGUUGACAGAAAAAGUCUUGAAAGAACUGAGUAAAUCUGGCCGCCUCUUCCUCAUUCCAGCUACCAUUCAUGACAAGUUCAUCAUCCGCUUUACUGUAACAUCUCAGUUCACAACCAGAGAGGACAUUCUGCAAGACUGGCACAUCAUCCAACAAACUGCAACCCAAAUCAUUAAACAGCAUUACAUGCUGCAUCCCAGCAACUCUGCUGAUGGGGCCAAAAUCCCCAACAUAAUAAGUAACCCCAGUCCUAUGGCAGAUAAUGAUACUUCUCCGUUUCACACGGAGGUAGGCGAACACAAAGCGCCCUCCAGAAAGAUAAUAGUGCAGCCUAAAAAGCUAGCAGUCAGUCCCACUACAUGUGUGGUCAGCCAACGCCUGGAAGCCCAAGUGGAUCCUUUGGAUGACUGCUUUCCAGAAGAUGUCCCAGAUGUCACCCAACAUAAGUUAUCCUCUUUCCUCUUCAGCUACUUAUCUGUACAAGACAAGAAAAAGACAGCCCGCUCCCUGAGUUGCAACAGUGUGCCAACCAUCGGCCACCCAAAGGCAGCAGCCUCUGAGAAAAAUGGCUCUCACCCCGGCGAUAAAAUCCUUUCCAAGCUGCCCAGAGAGGUCAUGAUGCUCAAAAAAAGUGCCUUCAGAAAACUGAUCAAGUUCUACAGCGUCCCUAGCUUUCCCGAAUGCAGCAUUCAGUGUGGCAUUCAGCUGCCUUGCUGUCCUCUGCAAGCAAUUGUUUAACAGGUGAAACAGAUUGGCCUCCCUAGGUGGAAGAGAACCAAAGUUGGCUUAUUCAUAUGCAAUAUUACCUGCUACCAUGUUUGAUAGAGAAACAAUGUGAAUGAUCAUUAAGAAAAGUCCUGUGCUUGUACCAAAGCAAAACACAGUGUGUAUUUAUUGAUUAAAAUGACAAAUAAACCUCUUAAACUUG